GAGAGGGUGUGAGGGACGACCCAGUGAUCCGAUUGCAGUUCCCAAAUUCAAAGCCCAAGACUUCCGUCGGGACGCGAGGAGUAAACAUAUCCCCCCUGGGAGGUCUCUGCAUGCAGUAGACGCGCUCAGGGGGUCGAUGCCACGAGGUGCUACCCGCCACAGGCAGAUGCAUCCUCCACUUCCUCAUCGUCCGAGUACUGGUGCGUGGGCUGGAGGUGUGGUCGUGAAUGCGGAUCGAGGUGAAAAGACGACGGAACGAUGCCAGAUGUAUUCCAUCGCUUCCAAGGGUACGUCGCCUCGGGGGUCCCGGUCAAUACGCAGUAUCGGCCCGGCGUGGCGCAGAAACGGUCGUGAUUCCACCAUCCAUAUGAUCUCUCCCGCGUCCCACGAAAUAAUCAACAACAUUAAAAAAAACAAAACGAGAACAGUUCCUCGAAACCGAGGAUUGGUGAAAAAUUCAGUUGAACGCCGUCCCAAUGAUGUGUCGGUUGAUGCUUGCAAAGCUAUCGUUUUCAUGCUCGUUUCUCGUCUCGUGUCGCGUCGUCGCAGGUCUAUGCGCGUCCGUCGGUCGUCCGGGAGCCAAGAGGGAAGAGGAAAAUAGCCGAUUAAAAUUCAGAAGUCGAAGUGAAAUGACGACUCGGACCUGAAUCGCUUUCCGUUGAUUGCUACAUCGUCGCGGCGUACUGCGGCGCAAAGUCGUUGUAGCUCCACGC